GUGCUUUGUUGUGCCGUGUCCCCACGAGAGGCGUUCUUUGUGAUGUGAAUCGAUGGUGGUAUCGAAAAAUGUGUCGAAAAAAGCAAUACUCUGAGUGUUUAGUCAACCGAAGACAGAGGCUCCAGAAUUAUUGAUUUUGACCGAGCCUACCGCUUGCACCUGUGUGCUAACUACAGCAACCCACGGUGGGGGUCUCUGGUGGUGAAGUGUAGAAUGCUAAUUGCCUACCCUUAGGUGUGCUAAGUUCCAACCAGCUGUGCUCCGUGUGGCUGCGUUUUUCUUUUUGCAGCGCACAAGAUUGCGUGGAAAACAAUCAAACCAAUCGAUAAUCACUGUGGUGAAUAACCGAACCGAAACGGUGUUCCUGAGGGAUAGAGUGCUCCUUUGUCGGAUGUGCCAAAUUGUGGUUGUGCAACUUCCUAGUAAAUUGUCGCACCUGCGGGAUGAACCGAAUCUAGUCAUUUGUACAACGAUUCUAGUUAGAGCGGAGGCAGUUGGAAACUAAACCAAAUAAAACCAGUGUGAUAUUGUAAUGAAACCGAAUGACAUUAUAGAAUUAGAGACGCGUAAAGUAAACUAAAGUUUGACAGAGUCAUCCCUCCCUAGAGAAGUAACGUAAAAUCUGAACUAUUUCGGACCUCCGCUCCCAAAUGUUGCUCUGCGUGGAUUUCCGAAUGCCAUAUGCCUACAACGGUCGCCAUCGUGUGCCGCAGUUUGUUCUCUUCGCCCGCUAGUCAGUGACGUCAUCAGGCUUUUGACGGGCUCUGCCCGCUAUCAUCUGCGCAAUCCUUCUCGCCCUUUGGCAUAGUAACAGCGGCGGAGCAUUUACCCGACUGCCGGUGGCAGUUGAGCACUAGGAGGAAACCCGGUUGUACGGGCGAAUCCUGAGACUCAACCCUCCACCUAGUGAAAGUUUUCUGUUUCGAUUUUACUUCUCACUAACCGGUUCGUACAGCGUUCCGCUGUUUUCUCGCCAAAACGGAUAAAGUAAACGGCACCAAGAUUACGGACAACACGAUGGAGGACCUGCUCCAAGCAGGCCACGUGGUCAAAGAGCGAUGGAAGGUUCUGAAAAAGAUCGGCGGUGGAGGAUUCGGCGAGAUCUACGAGGGUCAGGACUUGAUCACGCGGGAGCAGGUCGCCCUGAAGGUGGAAUCGGCCCGACAGCCCAAGCAGGUCCUCAAGAUGGAGGUGGCCGUCUUGAAGAAGCUGCAGGGCAAGGAGCACAUUUGCCGCUUCAUCGGGUGUGGCCGGAACGAUCGCUUCAACUACGUGGUAAUGCAGCUGCAGGGCAAAAAUCUGGCCGAACUGCGACGAUCUCAGGCUCGCGGAGCGUUCUCGCUCAGCACCACUCUGCGGAUCGGUCUCCAGAUUCUGCGGUCGAUCGAGUCGAUCCACUCGGUCGGGUUUCUUCAUCGUGAUAUCAAACCAAGCAACUUUGCUAUUGGAAGGUUACCGUGCAAUAAUCGUAAAAUUUACAUGUUGGACUUUGGGUUAGCCAGGCAGUACACGACCGGGACCGGUGAAGUGCGGUGUCCCCGGGCGGCCGCCGGUUUUCGUGGUACCGUGAGAUAUGCUUCACUGAACGCGCACAAAAAUCGGGAAAUGGGUCGACAAGACGAUCUGUGGUCUUUGUUUUAUAUGCUUGUUGAGUUUGUUACUGGCCAGCUUCCGUGGCGUAAAAUUAAGGAUAAGGAGCAAGUUGGUUUGUUAAAGGAGAAAUACGAUCAUCGUUUGCUACUCAAGCACUUGCCUUCAGAUUUCAAGUACUUCUUAGAUCACAUUCAAUCGCUUAAUUACGCAGACAAGCCGGACUAUGCCAUGCUGGUAACCCUUUUCGAGCGCUGCAUGAAGCGACGCGGCGUCAAGGAAACCGAUCCAUUCGACUGGGAGAAAACGGAGGAAAACAAUGCCGACCAUGGCGGAAUUGACGCCAAAACCGGAGGAGGAGGAGGAAACGCAGCCGUACCAAAGAGUGAACUAGUUAAGAAACACAAGGAGAUAGAGCUAAAUGAGGAGAAACGUAAAGUGAUUGCCGAUUCGGUCAAAAUCAUGCACACCGAGCCGAUCGAAUCGAUCAAACCGCAGAACGCCAACGUGAACGCAAAGAUACCGAACGUGACGGCGAUGGCGAAUGCCGGCCAACUCAACAACGUCCAACAGAGCAACAAGUUCGCGCAGGAUCCGCUGGAUCCUCGCUGCAAGGAUACGCUGCAGGCGUUUAAGGAUCUCAUCGGAAGUCAGGAAGCGACUAAAGUACGGCCGGAGAUUCCCCUGGUGCGAGCCCACACGGAUGUCAACAAACCGACCAAACACGGUGGCAGUAGAUUACGGAUUCUGACCGCUCCGCCGGUCAACAUCAAAGACUUCGCAUCGUCAAUAGAGAGCCUGCAUCAGCACUCCCAGGCGAAUGAUAUUAAUCUGUCGGAGACCAGGUCCAAGCUGAAAACGGAAGCCGACGACGUUAGCUGUACACCGGGCGAUGGUCCUACGGGACCGGGAGGAACCGGCGCGGGCACCGACGGUGGCCAUCUGGCGAAUUCGCUCACUCAGCGGCAAUCGCUGCAUCUGGGCGGCAAGAGUUUACGAUCGUUCGCCAGCCAGUCGGCCAAGUACCGGAGCGUUGCGGAUGACAAAAGCUGUCGGGACUUUUCCAUCACCCAGCAUGCGAUCAUCGACGACGAGAACGCUAGCCAGCACCAGACACCCAAGUAUCAGGGUGCGCUAACGUUGGCCUCCCAGUGGAAGAGCCAGUUCGACGACUCGGACGACUCGACCGACGGCCUGUGGAAAGGCGAACAACAUUCCGAAAAUGCAUCCAAGAAAAAUAUAUCCGCACUGAAGGAGCAACCGCAGCAACCGGUGAAAGAACCAGUGCUGAAGGAGCAACAGCCACAACAGCAGCAGCAGCAGCAACACAAGCAAAAUAACAACAACAACACAUCGAUGAGUGCUAUUGUUAAUAAUACCACUACUAAUAAUGCUAUUACUACUACCACUACGGACAACCCGGCGGCAGACCUUGCAAAUAAUCUCAACUCUUAAUUUAUUGAUGAAAAAUAUGAAAUUAUAAGAGGAAAAAGCGUAUAAAGCAGUAUAAAAAAUCAAA